AUCAGCAGCAGUCAGUUGACGGGCUCUCUCCACGGCGCACGCAUGAUCGCCGGAGCGGAUUUGCGGAGCAGCAGCUGAUCGAUCGUUCGUUCGCUUUCAUUUUCAAAGAGUCUUUGUUCCGCGAAUCGAACUUAUCUCAAGUGGAGUGUGUUGUGCUUUAAAAGAAAUAAACUCUCCCCACAAAAUUAAGUCUUCCUCUAAAAUUAACACUUCCCCAAAUUAUACAACCACAUCCUGUGAAGUGUGAAACUAUUAAAGAUCUCCUCAACGAUCCCAAAUAGUGCCAAAAAAUGCAAACGCAAAUGCAAGCCCAAAUGCAAACCCCCAUGCAGUAUGAAAGUCACAUUACCGACAUCCCCACCGCCCACAAGUUGUACGCCCGCCUCCAAGAAGAGGCUGAGAUGAACAACACGUCGGAAAGUUGUUCCAUCUCGUCGGCAUGCGGCGGUCGGUUCGGGUCGGUGCACUCGACCUUGGACGAUCACGAUGCAACGGACGACGACAUGACCUUCUGCAUGUCCAACUACGCCAAGGAGGCGCUAAAGAUGAUGUUCAUGAUGCGGUCGCACGGCAUGCUCACGGACGUGGUGCUCGAGGUGAAGAAGGAGCUCUUUCCCGCCCACAAAGUGGUUCUGUCAGCCGCAUCGCCCUAUUUCAAGGCCAUGUUCACGGGCGGACUGAAGGAGUCGGAGAUGUCGCGCGUCCAACUCCAGGGGGUCUGUCCAACGGCCAUGUCCCGCAUCCUGUACUUCAUGUACACCGGCCAAAUUCGAGUGACUGAGGUGACGGUGUGCCAACUCCUGCCCGCGGCCACCAUGUUCCAAGUGCCAAACGUAAUCGACGCCUGCUGUGCCUUCCUCGAGCGCCAAUUGGACCCCACGAAUGCCAUCGGCAUCGCCAACUUUGCCGAGCAACACGGCUGCGUGGAGCUGCAAAAGAAGGCCAAUGUUUUCAUCGAGCGGAAUUUCACUCAGGUGUGCCAAGAAGAGGAGUUCCUUCAACUUUCGGCUUACCAGUUGAUUGCCCUGAUCCGCAGGGACGAAUUGAAUGUGCAGGAGGAGCGAGAAGUCUACAACGCUGUGCUUAAAUGGGUUAAAUACGAUGAGGACAAUCGGCACUGCAAAAUGGAGCACAUCCUGGGCGCCGUGCGCUGUCAAUUCCUCACCCCGAACUUCCUCAAGGAGCAGAUGAAAAACUGCGACGUUCUGCGAAAGGUUCCCGCCUGUCGGGAGUAUUUGGCCAAGAUCUUCAAGGACUUAACGCUGCACAAGUGCCCGGGUGUGAAGGAGCGAACGCCCAACACCACUCGCAUGAUAUUCGUGGCCGGCGGUUUCUUCCGGCACUCACUGGACAUUCUGGAGGCGUACAAUGUGGACGACAAGACGUGGACAACACUGCCAAACCUGCGCAUUCCAAGAUCCGGCUUGGGUGCCGCUUUCCUCAAGGGAAAGUUCUACGCGGUGGGAGGCAGAAACAACAACAUUGGCUCCUCGUACGACUCGGAUUGGGUGGAUCGAUAUAGUGCCGUCACCGAGACGUGGCGUCCUUGCGCUCCGAUGUCCGUGCCGCGACAUCGAGUAGGCGUGGCUGUUAUGGAUGAGCUCAUGUACGCCGUGGGUGGUUCGGCAGGCACGGAAUACCACAACACAGUGGAAUAUUAUGAUCCCGAUCUCGAUCGCUGGACAAUCGUGCAGCCUAUGCAUGCCAAGCGUUUGGGCGUGGGAGUGGUGGUGGUCAAUCGCCUGCUUUAUGCCAUUGGAGGUUUCGACGGACUUGAGCGAUUGGGCAGCGUGGAGUGCUACCAUCCGGAGAACAAUGAAUGGAGCUUCCUCCCGCCCCUGCAAACCGGUCGAAGUGGAGCGGGUGUGGCUGCAAUUAACCAGUACAUCUACGUGGUUGGCGGCUUCGAUGGAACCCGGCAACUGGCCACCGUGGAGCGUUACGAUACCGAGAACGAUACCUGGGAUAUGGUGGCGCCCAUCCAAAUUGCACGCAGUGCUCUCUCGCUAACGCCGCUGGACGGAAAACUUUAUGCAAUUGGAGGCUUUGAUGGCAACAAUUUCCUUUCCAUUGUUGAGGUCUACGAUCCACGAACAAACACCUGGACGAAGGGAACGCCACUGAAAUCUGGAAGAUCUGGUCACGCAUCGGCGGUUAUUUAUCAGCCAGCGUGUUCCACCACGUUCAUGGACUACGAAGACAGCGAAACUCCGCAAUCGGAUGGAAAUAAUGAAGGGGACAGACACGGAAACUCAUCUCAAAACCCCUGUGGCAGUGGGGGAAGUCCACCCUUUUCUGGAAGCUCACCCAAUAUGCAGUUUCACACGUCAUUCGGAAUGAGCGGGUGCAACAAUUGUGACUCCGAAAUAGAUGUGAAGCCCGAAAUUCCACCAGAGCGGCAUAGUUUUCAAAUUCCAGCCAUCAACUCGGAGGAGCUGGGCAAUCCGAACUGUCCCUGGUCCAGAAUGCAAGCAAAAUUUCGAAGAACUCCACCGAUUGGCUUCUCGACGUCGGAGGAAAGCCAAUUGAAGAACCUACAUAAAUUCGACAGAGCGCGAAAAGCGUGUAUACUGAGCACGGCAGCGAAAGUCAUUCACAGCCACAUCGAAGGUCGUCUACGAAAACUCACUGCAGCCACAUGACAAUACGAAUCCGAGCCUUUCGCUUAGCCGCAACCAAAAACAUCAUUCAUUGUACAAAGUCUGUUCGCAUCCCCUAGAAUUCCAUGUUGAGAAAGCAGCAUUCCAUUGAAAUAUUGCUAGUGUGUUCGCUAGGUGAUAUGUAGUCAAGCAGUUUUUAUGGCAUCCAUAACAUUAACUGGCGCUCGUCUGCCCACUUUUUAAAGAUUGAUUAGGGUUAAAAGUUGAUUAGUGGAGGAAAGAAUCGUAUUUUAUGUAUUUCGUAGGCAACAUUACUGAUAACUUGCAUAUUGUACUUUUUUUUAAAGUAGGUUUAUCAAAGGAAUAAUGCGCAUCCAAAGUAGUUUUUAAGCAAAAAAGUAAAUAUAAGUAAAAUAAAAACUUUUUAAAAUGAA